AUGGUCAUGGGUCUCAUUUCAAUAAGAGUACCUACCAGAUAUUUUACCGUUAUACCAUCGCACUGGCAAUCAAACAAGCAAUCUAAACCAAAGAACUCUGGCGUCAUUUGCUCGUCAUUCAAAAUGGUCAAUGAUUGGUGUGACCUUGAUACGGGCCCGGCAAACAUCCUUGACAUCAACGGCCACCAACAUUCCAUCUACGCCAGCCUCAAACGUGACGGUUCACUUUGGGUCAGACUCGGUCUCGACUAUUCGACUGCGAUCGACUGGUCCGUCACAAGUAGCAAUCGGUUAAAGUUUCAAACCCGCCUGCUAAACGACUCUCAAACCGAUUUAUUGAAGAAUUUGACAUACACCGACUACUGCGUGCUAACGGAUCUCGAGUUGAGUUUAAACGUCAAAGCGGCCUGGAAUCCAAGCUUUAUAACUUAUUUUGAACCGUCAGUAAAAGAGAAUCGAAUCGUUUCGUUACGACCGGUGAAGGAUUGCGGUUCGAAAACAUCGAUUCGGUUAUCCGGUGGCGGACAGGAAUUGAAAUGUGAGGGUGCUAACAACAAUCCUUGCUUGUUCAAGAAAAAUGUGCCUCUACAUCAUCAUCAUCAGCAACAUCAGUAUUCGUCGUCAUCGUCCUUGCCAUCAUCACUAACGACUAUUUCUUCAUCGUCAUCAUCUUCCUCAUCAUUCUCCUCCUCAUCGUCACAAUCAUCAUCAACAACGUCAUCAUCAUCAACAACGUCAUCAUCAUCAACAACGUCAUCAACAUCAGCAGCAACAUCAUCGCCAUCGCCAUCUACCAACUUCUUGAAGUACGUAAGCAUGGACAUGAGAGGACCUGACCACUGGUUUUGCAGCAGUGGGGGCAGCGGCCACACGGGCGACGCCAGCUUUUCCUUCAACGGCUCCUAUUACCACGUCUACAUCAAGGUCGACCAAUGUAGGAUUAAAACUGGUUCGUAG